UAACGAUUAAACUUGCGCUUGAAGCGUACCGGAAGCAGUACCGACAAAAGUGAUUUUUCGAAUUAAAUUCGGGUAGUGGACGCGUACAUCUCGAAUACAGUGUGUGAUUAAUAUUGAAGAUGGAUGGUGAAAAGAAUGACGAUUUGGAGAUGAAGCAAAUUCAAUCUGAGGAUAUUUCGAAAAAGGAAGGUGAAGAUGAAAAAAGUCAUGGUCCUAAAUUCGGCAAAAGGCAUGGACAGAUGCUGAUUUACUUUCUCCUCAUAUUGAUCGCAUACUCUAUUCGAGUGAACUUAUCCGUAGGAAUAGUAGCCAUGACAGAUCCGACAGCUAGUUUGAAUCCAAAUAUACCGACGUACAACUGGACAGACAAAAGCAUAGUCCUCUCGGCCUUCUUCUGGGGCUACAUCCUGCCCCAGAUCGCAGCUGGCUGGCUGGCCAACCGCUACGGCCCCAAGUGGUUCCUUGUGGGAGCCAUGGGCGUCUGCUCCUUAGCAGGACUGUUUCUGCCUACCAUGGCGGCGCAGUUCGGCUCGAGGGGAGUGAUGGCUGCGAGAGCGCUGCAGGGACUGUCCCAAGGGUUCAUUUUUCCUUCGAUUCACAAUCUGCUGGCGAAAUGGGUGCCGCCUGGAGAGAGAAGUCGACUUGGCACCUUCGUAUAUGCCGCUGGUCCCUUCGGUACCGUAGUAUCAAUGUUGCUAACGGGUUUGAUAGCUUCGAGUUGGUACGGUUGGCCGAUGGUAUUCUACUCUUUCAGUGGAGCUGGAUUAGCUUGGUGCUUCCUCUUUUCCUACUAUGGUUGCGACGGACCAUCACACCAUCCGACGAUAACCAAAGAAGAGCAGUUUUACAUCGAAAAUAGUUUAGGACACGCUGAACACAAGCCGAGAAUGUCUACUCCUUGGAAAAAAAUCUUCACUUCUCUGCCUGUUUGGGCAAUUUUCCUCACUCAAAGUGGACACAAUUGGGGCUUCUGGACACUUCUAACUGAAAUCCCUGCCUACAUGGGUCAUGUCAUGAAUUUCAACAUCAAAUCGAAUAGCGUUCUCUCUGCCCUUCCGUACUUCGUUCUGUGGGUUAUGAGUUUCGUCUUCAGCUAUAUCGCUGAUCUAUUCGUCAAUCAUAAUAUCUUCAGCAUUGGAGUUUCUAGAAAAGUGUUCAACACAAUAGGUCUGAUAGUACCAGCCAUCGCCCUGGUAUUCCUAGGGAGUACUGGUGAAGAUGAACACAAUAAAGCCAUAGCUCUACUAGUUGUAGCAGUUGGAAUCAACUCGGCCAUAUUUUGUGGUUUCAAUGUCAACCACAUGGAUAUAUCGCCUAACCACGCAGGUCCUCUGAUGGGUGUUACAAAUGGAGCUUCUAAUGUAUGUGGAAUAAUCGCUCCACUUGUAGUUCAAUUAUUAGUCACUGAUGAGAAAGAUCCAGAACAGUGGAAAGUGAUAUUUUACCUCACUGCCUCAAUUUAUGCAGCUGCUAGCUUGAUCUUCGUGAUUUUUGGUUCAGGAGAAAUUCAACCUUGGAAUGAUGAGGAGAAGAAUGGAAAAGAAAAAUCUGAAGCCUGACAUUUCUCGUUCUUCAGAUAAGAUGAAAUGGCUGUGAUAUAUGAGUUAUUCAAAUUUAAGGAGGAAAUGGGAAUUCAAGAGCGUUUAUCACCCAAUUUAUUUUUCAUUCAGAAGUAAACGCAAAACCGAGCACUGAGGAAGGACUAAGCAAAAUUCAUUUUCGCCACAAAUCAUUGAAUUCAGAAACAUCUUCUCCACUGACUAACAAAUCAAGGAAGAAAAAUUGACAGUUUCUGAGGAUGAUUAGAUAUUGAAUCAAUGGUUCAUCUCCUGUUUUGAAAAAGUAAUUUCAUUCACGUCAAAAUCAGAUGAUAAAUGUCAAUGCUACGGCUUGGGGCAUCUCCCAGUAUAGUGAAUCAAAUUAUCAUACGUAGGUUAAAUCAGAAUAUAAAUCAAGACAAGUUAUACCAAUAGUCAGUAUUAUCUUCAAUCAAUUUCAUCUACCUCUAUAUUUUCAUUAUUCAACGGAAUCGAUAUGACGAUCCAUUCAAAUGCAUAAAUAUAGCCAUAUCAGUUAUCAACACACCAUUUUAAUAAUUUUUUUUUUAUCUCACUGGAUCUCACAAGGUGAUUUUAACAGGGUGGCGUAACAGAUACAGGUCGGUUGAAGGAUGGUGAAGUUAUGCUCAACAAAAUGGCGUUUUGAAUAGAUAUAUAAAAAAACCGUGUACUAAAAUCUCCUCGUCUUCCCGGAAGCAUCAUCAACUUAUUUUUUUCAGAAACGGACCUGGAUUUUUAAUUUAAUUUUAUCACACCUCAAAAAGCUUUAAGCUAUAACAAAUUUUUAUUUCCGAAUGUUUCAUUUACAAAAAUUGAUAUUUUUUUAAUUUUUUCAAUAUUCAACACGAAAUUUUCAAUAUAAGUAACCGUUUAUACGUCCAUGUAACCGACGCUGUAUCUCUCACGGUUGAUAAAGCUCGAAUUCCAGCCACUCUGUACGCAUAUUGAUCACAUCAAAAAGAUGCAAUCUCUCUAACGAAUAUUCCCUAAACAAUAUCAGUGUUCUAAUGAGCGAUAGAAUCUUCAUCUUGACCAUUGAACAAAAAAUAAAUGGAAAGUAAAGUACGUCAAUUCAAAAUAUGCAUACUUACUUACUUACAAGUAAAGUACGUCAAUUCAAAAUAUGCAUACUUACUUGAGCCUUAUUCUUAGUGUCUAGAUUAUACUGAUUAUACAGAGUGUCCGCUAAAAGGAGGUCAAUCCAUUAACCAUAUAUUCCUUGAACAACAACAAUAUGAGUUUCUAAAUACCAUUUUUCAUUGUAGCCCUUCACAUUCGAUAUACAGGGUGUCAAAGUUGGAAAUUAAAAACUGUAUUUUUUCAAUUACUCGCGUAUUUAAUAAGAUAUUAAUCUCAAAAUUAGUACAUCACUUCAGCACCAAGAGUUACAUCGUGCGAGGAAAACAAAACAGAAAAUAACUGUCAAAUAUUCAAAAUACAGGGGGUCAACACACUUACCCCCAUAUUUUUUUUGUACGUGCGCUAAUGACUUCCUAUCUAUUUUUCUUCGAGUGGUCGAUCAUUUUUGAGUAUUUUUUGUCUCUUGUAGAAUUUUGAUGAAAUCAUUUGUUUUUAAGAUAAUUCGAAAAGUACUGGUUAUUGUUUGAUGCCUAUGCGGCUUACGGUAAUCUCAUAAUGUUCACAUACCCCUAUUUAUUUCGUCGAAAUUGGAAGAGGGCGUAACUUCUUACGAACGAAAAGGUAAAUAUGGAAAUACCCGGUGCUUGAAGCGAAUGUAUUUAUAUAAUGUUUACCAAAAAAAAUUGAUAGAAAUUCAACACGUCUAAAUGAAUUGCUCGAUAUGACCUCCAAGUUUUUGAAUACACAUGCGAUAAAUUUUUUAUUUUUAUUUUAAUUUUUAAAUAAAUAAAAUCUUAGCCUAUGAAAAAUAUGUGGCUAAUACACAAAAUCAUUCUUACAUCCCCAGACAAUCCUAAUCUGCUAUUUCUUUCAUCAAGUAGUUAUUAAAAUCAUUGAUAUCAUAAUUUCACCUAAAAUUUCCGAAAAUAUUUUUUUUAUUUUUUUCCGAUUAUAUUUCCCGUUCCUUCGCGCACGACAUACCAUACGGGGGAGGGCUCGAAAAUAUUUUCAAAAAUUCCGCAACCCCCAAAACCGCUCAAACCUAUUUUAAAUUUUUUUUAAAGAAUUUGCUGUUCUCGAAGAAAAUCAAUUUAUUAAUUCUUUAAGUGGGCUCGUCAAUCGAUCCCCCAUUCUUCUAAAAUCAUUAUUUUCCCGAAAUUAUUUAAUUAAAUUAAUUAAAAGGGCCCGCAUGUGUAUUCAAAAAAUUGAAGGUCAUGUUUGACCAUUUGAAGAAAAAUAGAUGGGAAGUUAUUAGCGCACGUACAAAAAAAUAUGGGGGUAAGUCUGUACUUGACCCCCUGUAUUUUGAAUAUUUGACAGUUAUUUUCUGUUUUGUUUUCCUCACACGAUGUAACUCUUGGUGCUAAAGUAAUAUGCCAAUUUUGAGAUCAAUAUCUUAUUGAGUACGUGAGUAAUUAAAAAAAUACAAUUUUCAAUUUCCAACUUUGAUGGUUAAUGGAUUGACCUCCUUUUAGCGGACACCCGUAUAUAUGCAGGAAACAAGGUGUUAUUCAAGUAUGCCGCCAAACUUCAAAUCAGUUUUUCAUUAUUUCGAUCCUCAGAAACAAAGUGAUAUACAAAACUAUGACAUGACCCACUGCGACGCCACUAAGAUAGUUAUUCUGAAUCUAAUUACACCAAAAGAAGCAUCUUGAUACUGUUAAGAAAAUCACGAAGUUUCAUUGAAAUUGGGAAAGAAAAAUUUGAGGAAUUAAUAAUAAAAAUGAUUUUUUAUUGAAAUUUUGACACUCCUGUAUCUAUAUAAACUUUUCGUCUUAGAAUUACGUUUUGCCACAUACUCGAAUGACACUCUGUAUAUUCAAAUGUCACCCUGUAUGACCAAAUGAUUUUAUCAUAAUUUUACAGUUGUAUAUAGCACUAUAUUUAUUGUUAAAUAAAAAUGAUAAUGAUUCAUUCAUUUUUUUAAUUCUUCCUACUGGAAGCGACAUUUAUUUGUGGACUUUUUAACCCGAGUCAAUUAUUGUACAGAUAUUUACAAGUAUAUUCAGGUAUAUGAAUAUGAAAAAACUACAUGAAUUGGAAAAAAAACCAAUUUCCCAAAUCAUUUAACAGUUUUGAUAUUCUGAAUACUUGAACAUAUUAUCCUCGACGAUAUGGCGAUCCACUGCACUUACACAAUGAGGAAUUGAGUAGAGUCUUAUCAUACCGACUACUUGGUGAUCUGGAAGAACCUACAGAAGGAUAGUCUAUAGAUUGACCACGCAUAACAUAAUCAGGCAUGCUUUCGUCCUCAAUGCGACUAUAGUCCAAACCAGGACUAGCAGGGAAUUGCAUACUCUCGUCCUCAAUGAAACCAUAGUCCAAACCAGGGCUACCAGGGAUUUCCAUACUCUCGUCCUCAAUGAAGCCAUAGUCCAAACCAGGGCUACCAGGGAAUUCCAUACUCUCGUCUUCAAUAAACCCAUAAUCCAAGUUCUGGUUUGGUGGGAAGCCCAUCAUGCUUUCGUCCCCAAUGAAACCACAGUUUAGUUCGUGGCUAUCAGGAAAAUCAAUGGUCUCGUCUUCUAUGAAACCGUAGUUCAUUCCUGGACUAGGAGGGGGAGCGCUUGGCCUAUCUUGCAUAAAUCCAGUGUUCAGAUCUGGGCUGGCAGGAUAAUCAAUGGUCUCGUCUUCUAUGAAACCGUAGUUCAUCAAAUUUUCAGGUGGAAAUGCAGGCUCAGCUGUUGUUUGGGGACGAGGUGGUGACUGUCUGCUUGGUUGCGAGUAAUAAUUUUCAGGUGACCAGAUAUCACGUGACUUUUUCCAUUGGUGAUUCAAAAGUUCUCGAACGGAAGUUGCGU